AUGGGAACCCUUAGUGCACAGAUAGCGCAUAUAAUCCUUGCUGGCGAACAGUCGAUUACCGAGACAGCCGCAUCAUGGACUCCAAAGUAUCUGACAGAGACGCUUAUCCCCUGGUCGCAACACGUCGAUCUCCUGUGGCCGACAAUAGAUGAACCCCAUGUGCGCAGCAAGGUUCUGAAUCAGGUCGUGUAUCUGGUGCGCUCACACAGCCCAGAAGUGUCAAAAGAGUACCUGUUGCAAACAUACCUGAACCCCAGCCUCGACACGCCCUGCGAGAAGGAGAUACUGUCCAGAAUAAUUGCCAACCAGUUCACCCCACAUAGCGUUCGAAUCGCAGCAUUGCAGCAUUACCCUGGCGCCAUCGGAUCCGACAGCGGCAAUAACAAAACCGUAGCGUCUUUAGCUAGGGACAUCUCAAGGCAAUUAGAAUCAGCCAGGGAGCAGAGCGCCCUGUCAAUGCUAAGCGCGACGAUUGCGUCCGGGCUACUCGAGCAGCAGAGCACAUCAGCCAGCAAGGGCGACAUGGUUUCGGCUGAGCGACUCAAAAUAGAGGUCAAUUAUCUGACAGGAUCUGGCGAGCAAAAGGCACUGGCACUUGGUGAGGCGCUGUGCAGCCAGGUUUCGCAUAUGGAUGACGGGAGUCGCGGUGUGUUGAUCGGCCAACUCCUCCAAAAGACAGACCCGGACUCGUGUCUUGGUCAGUCAGUCAACAUGGUUCUGGCGGCAGCAUUAUCCAAUACAUCCAACGCCGAUCUGACAGAUGCGGUUGUAGCCGAGUUUACCAAGCACGUUCUGCUCCUACGAAACAUCGAUACCAAGCUAUCGAAGCUGGUGCCCGCACACGCACACGCACUAGCCGCUCUUGCAGACACGCACAGCAAGUUCCGCUCAACAUAUAUCAUGCAGCUAGCCCAGCUGAACAAGCGGUGCCAGAUCGCCAUGCUACGCGACUAUAUCCGGAUCCGCAGACCAUAG